ACACGACAGAGCUCGGCAAGGAAGACCAAGCUACGAUAAAAAUAAAAGCCUCUUGCGUCGCACAAACGUUCGCGCCCAAACACCACCCUUAUUGAUAUUUGAUAGUCAACUCGAGUCACCGAUUUAACCGUCCAUGUCGCUGAUUAGUCGCGGCAACGUCUUCGACCCUUUCUCCCUCGACUUCUGGGACCCCUUCCAGGGAUUCCCUUUCGGCUCUGGCAGCAGCAGCGGUAGCCUCUUCCCCUCGUUUCCGAGUACCUACUCUGAGACCGUGGCCUUCGCCGGCGCACGCAUCGACUGGAAGGAGACCUCCGAGGCGCACGUGUUCAAGGCGGAUGUGCCGGGGCUGAAGAAGGAGGAGGUCAAGGUGGAAGUGGAGGAUGGCAACAUCCUCCAUAUCAGCGGCGAGCGCAACAAGGAGCAGGAGGAGAAGACCGACAAGUGGCACUGGGUGGAGCGCAGCAGUGGUAAGUUCUUGCGCAGGUUCCGGCUGCCUGAGAACGCCAAGGCAGAGCAGAUCAGAGCUUCCAUGGAGAACGGCGUGCUCACGGUCACCGUGCCCAAGGAGGAGGCCAAGAAGCCCGAGGUGAAGUCCAUCCAGAUCUCCGGCUAGACAUGUUCGUGCCUAUCAUUCGAGAUGGAUUGAACUGAAGUACACGGAGUUCCCCUGGGUCGUUUCUGACGAUAUAACAUUUGGUUUGGCUGAGUGAUGAGUGUCUUUGUGAUAUUGUAACCAGUGUGUUAUUGUGUACUUCCAAUGUGUGUAAUCGUCAGGUGGUCUGAAAUUGCGUGUCUUAGUCUCUUUGUGCUGCUGUGAAUAACUCAGCUUCCUGUCACCAGAUUUUUGUAUCGGUCGAUAUAUCAUCGUUUGGUGCACUAACUCUUUUUUAAA